AGAGACCGUAUCGUGUACUGUCAACCUUGCUUCUGCGAUGAAUUUCAUACCGUAUCGUAGUAAAAGUGUUCCACCACUCGCCGCUGCUGGAUUGCCGGUGCGAUCCCGUGGUCGUGAUGAGCCGCUUAGAAACGAUCGUUCAAUGCCCUACAGCCGAAGCCGCUCGUUUGCCGGGGCACGCAAUGAAACGUCAUCGAGCAGUUCGCACGCACCAAGACAAUCGAAUCAAACGGCAAACAGCACCCGAGAUGGACCGUUUGUGAUUGUGGUGCUUGCCGAGGGCCGAGGACAUGCCGCUCUCGAGGUCGGUCUAGCCGCAAUGGACGUUACCUCACCACACCUGAAGCUCACCCAAUACGGAGACAACUUUUGGUACUCGGUCACACUAACAACACUGCACGCACUGGACCCAACGGUGGUUUUCUUCUCCGAGCACGCACUCACCAACGGAACGUCCUACCUGCCGAAGCUGAUCUACCAGUACCUUCCCCGCACUCAGGUCCGAGGACUCGGGAGAUCGUACUUCAACGACAGCCUCGCCGAAAGCUACCUCUCCCAGCUGUGCAGCCGUGAUUAUGCCAAACUGCGAGGGCUCAUCCACAGCAAGUACUACGGCAUGGCAUCCUGCGGUGCUUUGCUGCGACACUUGAUGGAAACGGCAUUGCUGCAGAUUGCUACCAAGUCGCUCAAGCUCAGCUACCUCGACAAGUUGUCCACGAUGACGAUGGACGUGGAGUGCAUUGGGCAGCUGGAGCUGCUCGGGCCGCUCCAGAAAGGGGACGAGCGGAAGUCGCUGUUUGGAUUUCUGAACCACUGCAUCACGUCCAUCGGCAAGCGUCAUCUGCGAGCCAAUAUCAUAGAGCCUUGGACGAACCGGGAGCGGUUGGAGAUGCGUCUCCGGUGCAUUCGGGAGUUUCUGGGCAAUCCGACGCUGCUGCAGAGUGUACGCAAAACCUUGUCCGAGGUGAAAGAUGUCGGUGGAUUGCUUAACCUGUCGGUAGACAUCGAUCGAAUGAAAACAACGCACCAAAACACGGUACAUAUGCUCAAUCAAGCGUCAAGCCUUCGCAACGUGCUGAAAGUUGUCCCGAAGCUGCGGGACCUGCUGCGGGACGUGCGUGCCGAAUAUCUGAACGAUUUGAAGCAAACGCUUGAGGAGCAGGUGUACGCUGAGUUACUCCAAAACAUCUGCACAGUGUUGGACGACAGUCCAAUGGAGAGAAACACGUCCUACAAUAGGCUGUUUCUUGUGCGCACCAGCAUCAACUCGAUACUGGAUCUACUUCGAACACUGUAUUCCGGUGUUAUCGACGAGAUUCGUCAGUAUGUGGCGGAGUUGAGUCUCGCUACACGAAUGCAGCUCAAACUUCACCACUCCAAACCGAACGGCUUCCAUCUGCUGUACGUGUUGGCGAACGAGGAAGUAGACAAUGUGGCUGAACAGUUGAGUAGUAGCUUUCAGAUACUAAGUCGUGCAGGUCGGCGGUACACACUCUCCAAUGGAAGGUUGAUGGCGUUCAAUGAGAAGCUCAACUCAGUUGCAAAGGAGAUUGAUGAGAUCAGUUACGGUAUCAUUCGGGGGCUGAUCGAGAGCAUACGGGAUAGUAUAGAUGCGGUGUACAAUCUGGUCGGAUGCUUGACAGAUCUGGACGUGGUGCAGGCGCUUGCCAUCGUCAGCCAGGGGAAAGAGUUCUGCGAGCCUACCUUCGGAGAGGAAACGAAGAUAGUCUCCGGAAGACAUCCACUGCUGGAAAGCAUCUGCGGAGAACGGAAGGUCGUUCGUAAUAAUGUGAUCUCCACUCCCGAGUACAAUGUGUUUAUCGUCACCGGGCCCAAUAUGAGCGGCAAAACGGUGUACAUGAAAACGAUCUGCACCUUGCAGAUCAUGGCCCAGCUUGGCUGCUAUAUACCGGCAUCGCAAGCACAGGUUCGGAUCGUCGACCGACUGCUGACCAUCUACGGUGACGCGGACAACCUGCAGCAGGAUGAUGCAGAGUCCAGCCGGAUGUACAACAAGCUGCAGUUUGUGCGUCACUGCUUAACCCCAAACAGUUUGGUCGUGAUCGACGAACUGUACGGUGACACUCACCGUCCCGAUACGAGCAGUGACAAGUGGGCACUGCUGGAACGCAUCAUCGAUCACGUUGGAUACGUUGGUGAGGGAAGCGAGUCGGUCGUUCCAACGCUGGCAUCAAUCCGCAAACCCUUCAUCUUCAUCACGACCCACUGCAUGGACAUGCUGAGCCCGCUCGAGGUGCAUCACAACGUCUCCAAGCUCUGCCUGCAAACGGAAACGGUCCAGGUGGAUGGGGUGGAGCGUUUGCGGUACAAGUACGUCGUCACCGAGGGACGCACGGUGGUGCAGCACUACGGACUAUCGCUCGCCCGUACCGUCAACAUGCCGCAGGAUGUGCUAGACCGGGCGGAACAGCUCUGUCGUGGAGAUUUGAAGCAUCAUCUAGCGACGGCAUCCAGCGGCUCGGCCAAUCGGUCCCACAAUCGUACCAACAAUCAAUCGACCACCAACACCACGCUGCACACGCUGUCGACGCAGGGCAGCUUCAAUGAGUUCUUUAAACUGUUCUACCACCUUUACGGCAAGGUAGCGCACAGCGUGCGUAACGCGGAGAACGUCCAGGAGCAUCUGACUGAGCAGCUGGAGCAGUUCGUCGCUUCCGUACCGGAAGAGGUGCGCGAAUUUCUGCGGGUAACGCCCCUGGAGCAGUUGCUGCAGCUCGACGCUUGA